AUGAUUGCGUGCGGCGUGUUCAUUUUGAUCUACAUCCUGAUCAGACACGCCUCGUGGCUCAACUUCAAGUUCCUCAAAAGUUUGGUCAUCACCGUUAGUCACAUCUACUCCUUGGUUCUUGCUCUGUGGCUGAUGGCCCACGGUCUAAUCUACCUCCCGAGACACGAAUGGGAAACGAGUGGGAACUAUCAAAAGCAGCUCCACAGAAUGUACUUGAAAGUCCCCGUUUUGAACGAGGAAUUAGAGGACACCAAGUUCGAGCUCCGUGAGCUUUGUGGAAGGCUCAGAACAUUGGAACAUCUUGACAAUCUGGAAUAUAGAGACUGGAUCCUGAAGCUUUUGCGCUCGAUCCCUCCAGAAUACAACGAUAUGGUGUAUCAUGGCGUCGAACAGAUAACUAAUGACGAGCUCAACACAAAGUUCCUCAACAAGGUUUCGAAGAAACUGAAAGAGCUCAAGUGGAAGUACAACCACAAUGUCAUUGACUUAAAGGUGACGGUGGAGAAAGUGAUAAAGCUGGAAGAUAAGGUGAAUGCGUCCCUGCUGGGAGAAUAUACUCCAAGACUUGAACGGCCUCUCAUUAAAAACCCAAGACUGAGCUACUACAUUGUCCAGUAUGUGCAGCCAUUGUUUGGCAAACUUUUGGCCAUUGGAUUAGCCGUUCUCUCUGCCAUAAUUGUCGAGUCGGAAACGUUCCACGGACUCAAAUUUUCUCUCAUAAAGUUGAUUAUCGCAGGAAUGACCAACGACGUUACCAAGAUCUACAUCCAGAUCUUUGCCAUUUCGUUCUUGGUGCUCACGUUCAUGUUGAUGUGCGCAAUGUUGUCUCUUACCCAGGUGAAGAUCUUCAACAUUUACCACAUGGAGUCGAACCAGUCGUCGGACCCGGUGUCUACGAUCUUCUUUAUCAGCUACGCGUGUCGGUUGACCAUUCCAUUGAGUUACAACUUCCUCAUGUUGCUGGACGCCAAGUUCACCAAAAACUCGUCGUUCCAAUUGUUCUUCGGCAACUCCAUCCAGUUGAUCUCGCUCGGUAACUUCCUCAACGACAUGGCUCCGCGACUGAUUGUGAUUCCAAUUUUGUUGACGGUGUUCAGAUUCUGGGAAAAAGUCAAGGAAUGGCUGUCUCGGCUGUUUUUCUUUGACUACAUCAUCAAGGAGCUUGAUUUUGAGGACACUGACGAUAACGAAGAAGCCACAGAUAUUGAAAAUAGACCUUCGUCUCGGUCGACCAGAGAAAAUGCCCGUAUUCAGGAAAGUAAGCAGAUUGUCCAGAGAUUUUUAAGUGCUGACGAACGGAUCCUCGACAGUCCCAUCAGACCGUUGACUCUUUCGUCUAACCAAUCGGGCGAGUCCAUCUUCAGCUCUUUGAAAGACUACGUGGGAGGAAUUGUUUCCAGGUUCCCGAGAAGGGGCUCCAGACCAGGAUACGAUGGCCUGCGUACAUACAACCUGGGGCUUGGUAGCGAGCCACCAAGUCACCGCACGAGCUCGGAGACAGGCAUCUCGCUCAACAGCAACAUCUCAUUCGACAAUGACAACAGACUACUACGAGACGACGACAUCAUGCUUAUCGACGAGGAUGAUAUUAUGGAGAUAUGA